UACGAUAGUGUCGCCACCUAUCCCAUUAAAACCGGAAGUAUAUAUAUUUUUUAUUUUGGGAUGUAACAACAAUCCACGAAAAUGACCUGGGAACGAUCUGUCUGUUGUUUAAGAGUAUUUACUGUUAUUGUAACUGCUAUCUUAUGGUUAUUUGGAGGUGGCAUUGUUGGAUUUUGUCUAUGGGUAUUAUUAGAUUUCUUUAUCAACCAGUAUGUGAAGUCAGCGGAUGAACUGAGAACUGUUUUCGUCAUAGUCCAUGUGAUAAUAGCAGUGGGCGUGGCAUUACUCAUAUUUGGUAUUAUUGGUAUAUAUGGUGCAGCACGACCAAGAAGAUGGGCACUUAUCAUGUUUUUAAUUUGUCUGGUUUGUGUCACACUGACUCUUCUUGGAGGAACAAUAUACUGCUUUUUCUAUCAAGCUGAAAUCAAGCAAAGUGUUAAAAAUUCUCAGCUUAUGUCAAGGAUUGUUAGGAAAGAAUAUGGUUCAAAUAGCGCUGUUACCAGUGCAUUCAAUUACAUGCAGAGAGAGCUACAUUGCUGUGGAGGUGUCAGUUACACAGACUACAGCGAGUCUAACUGGAUAAGUACAGUCUGUUCAAAUGAGCAAAACCCAGAAGUUUGUGACAAACAUGGUAAAGGAAAAGUACCAUUGUCUUGCUGCAAGAAUUCUUAUUAUUAUGAAAAUCAGGUGGAACAUUAUCAAUAUUGUUUAAUGUAUAUUGAAGACCAAUCUGGUGCUGUGCUGACUAAACCAAACGCUGACAUGUAUCAGAAAGGUUGUAGAGAGUCCAUAGUACAGUUUUUAGAGGACACAGUGCUCUCAGUACUUGGAGUGGCAUUGUCAAUAUCAGUACUUGUGGUCUUGCUGUUAGCCAUUUGCUUAACAUCGGCCCUUAUCCACAAACUAAGAAGGCCACCAUUGAUGUCAAACCAUGACGAUGAUGUUGUUUACGAGAUGGCAAGAAGCCAAGAGAAGUCACCUUAUCCAACAAGAGGCCCAUAUGCUAACUUGUACAAUAGUUAAAUUAAAAGUGUGUCGCAUUUAGUCACCAUUUAAAGACUAUAAAAACAUCAUUUUAGGUAACACAUUUAUGUUACCUUAUGUCAGAAGAAUUCCCAUUAAGAUAGAUCUGUUAUGCAUGAUUGAAUUAUUAUUGUAAACCAACUUAUUUUUGCAAGCAAUUUAUUUUGCUCCUUUCGCAAAUAGAAAAAUAACACGAUUAUAAUAUCAUGCAAAUACAUAAAACUUGGAUCUUUCCUCAUUUAGCUACAUCAAUCAAGUUUGAAAACAAUAAAAUUUAAUCACUGCCAAAUGAGCUGGUAACCUUUAAACAAGAAAUAAAGUGUCAGUGAAAAAUGAGUUGGUUAAUAGUAUUUGUGAAAGAUAAUACAAAGUUUGUGUAUUAUUGUUUAGAAUUGAGAGAUUGAGUGAACGUGAAUUUCAAUACUAGUACUGUUAUUGUCAUUUUUCUAUUAGGAGAUGUAAAUCAGUCAUAAAAUUUCACAAUAACUUGAAUUGGGUCCAACUUUUUAAAAAUUCAGUGUAUUUUAAUUCAUAGAAACUAUGUUAAACUGUAUAAUUUUUCUCUGUAAUUGUUCAAUUCUCUAAUUAUUCUGGUUUUCAUUGAAGUUAUUAUGUAACUAUACAAUUGAUUGUUAAUUACAUGGUGAUUAAACAUUUCAAAAAAGAAAGAAAUUAAUUAAAUUUAGUCUUUUUAAAAGAUGACACAGUACAUAUAAGAAGAAUUAGUCAAUAAUAAGUCUUUAUUAUUGUUGACUUAGUAUAUGUGAAUGAGGAACAAGUAAUUUCUUGUAAAGUUAGAACACCAUUAUUGGAUUUUUUGUUGUAAAACCUGAAUUUGAAUGUCAGCUUAAUUAAUACUUACACAGUACUGCUAUGAAUCCAGAAGUCUUUGGGAAUUCCUCAGAAAUAUUUGACAAUCUACUGGUGCAUGUAGUAAUUGGUGAUAACUUUAAUGUGACAAUCUAGCUUCUAGUCAAUGAUUGUGAGAUUUUAAAAAAUGGAGUUAUUUCCCAUUUUUAUACUUAUAUAUUAUCUCCGUUUUUGUAUGAAUGUUUGAAAUAGUUUGAUAUAAAAAUAAAUAAUUUUUCUAUUAUUUUUUUUUACUAAUCUUUCUAAAAUGAUUUUGAUAUAUGACUUCAUUUUGGAAGUAAUGAUAUAAGUUGGUCUUUGAUAUUGUUAUAUAAAUUUUGAUUAAAAAUCUCUCUCCAUUAGAGUUUGUAUGGGAUACCAGUCUGAUAGUAAAAAUCAAUAUAAAUCUUUUUUGUAUUUAUCAAAAUGAUGUUUUUUUCACUCAAACAGCUCCUAAAAUUUUAGGAACAUUUUGUUGUGCUGAUUUUUAAAUGGAAUUAUGUUUGGACCAAUAAUAAAAACUGUAUUGUGGACCAAAUUUCUGGUGAACCAUCCAUGACCUUUGUGAAUUUUGUUAAUAGUGCUUUUUUAUUUCUUUUAGAAAACAGAUUGCUAAGUGCAUUUAUUUUAAAUUUUACAGUCCGAUAUUGUUUUAAAGGAAGAAAUAUAGAAAAAAAAAUGAAUCUUUCAUUAAAAUUCCUAUGGUGGCCUUUUACAAGCCUUAUUUUUUUUAAAUUCACCCUCUUUUUCCAUUGGCUGUCCAAAAUUUGCCCUUCAUAUAUACAAGUCCACAUGGCUCUUCAGAAUUUGUUUAAUAUCUGGUAUAUUAUGUAAUGUGCCUUCGUUCUGAAAUAUUUGCCGCUGGAAACUAACAACAAUCAAUUAAUUAGUACAUUGCUCAUUAGUUUUUUUUAUCUGAAAAAGCAUAGAAGGUAAUAAAUAAAGAGUACCCACCUAAAUAUACCAAAAACUUACUUAUAAAAAUAUAGUCUUAUGUACAUUACUUUUCUGACACAAAUAAUGAUAUGAUACUGCACAGGUUGAUUGGCUAAAAGUUUAAAAAAAUCUAAGCCCUCUCCAAUUUGUUGACAGAUUAAAAAACAAAACCUUUUAAAGUAGAAGUGUACAUGAUUUAAAGUUGUAGAUGUGACAUUUAUCAUGCAUUUCUUAUUUCUACUAUUUUGUACAUUGUACAGUAUGAAUUGUAUAGACACAUAAAAUUUUCUGUCAUUUUAAGAUAACUCUGAUUUUUGUGGGAUUUCGGCUCAAUUUUUUCACUAAAUUUAUUUCUUUGAGAAAUCUUAAAUCAAACAGAGUUACUUACUUUCGCUUCUGUUUUUUUUUUUUAUCCCACCAUUGAGGUGCUUAACCAAAAUUAAUUUAAAAAACCAUUUAAGCAUAAUUUUCAAAUAGUAUUUUGUCUCAUUGCAAAUAAAUCAUUCCAACAUUUUUUUUAUAUAUUUUUAUGUCAUAUUUGUUAGAGUUCAUCUAUUUUUGUUGUAAGAAUGUUUUUGAUAAAAUAAUUCAAAUAUAGGAAGAAAUAAUGCACUGAAAUUUACAAAUUUUAUAAAAAGUACUGCUUAUGCAUAUGAAUGUAUAUGUGUAAGGACCCUUAAUUUCCUGGUUUAUAUAAAAAAAAACAUUGAAAUUUGAAUGUUGAUUACAAAUUUUUUAUGUGCAUAGUAAUUGCUUUUGUUAAAAGCUGUUUUAGCGUUUCAUAUAUCAUUAACAAAUCUGAUAAUUACCUUAUGUUGGAAAAUUUUAAAUGCAAAACUAUUGAAAUGUUACCUUGAACAUAAUAAAGAAGUAGAAAAUAAAUAUUGCGAGUUAUCUUCCAUCUCUUGGAUGAAAAAAUUUAAGAUUAUUAUUUUUAAAUCACACAAGCUGAAUUUAAAGAACUUUUAGUAAAUUCUGAAUUGUGAUUUGAAAUACGAGAAAUUUGUAAUUGCACACCUGAUGGAGAACAAAUUAAAAAAAUUAAGUGUUUUUAUGAAGCUGAUGCAAUUAACCAAAAAACCAGGUUUCUGAAGUAGAGGAACAAUUUGCCCUUGCAAAGAAAUCAUUGCAUUUAUGAGAUUAUAAUUGUUGUUUGGAGUAGUUUAUUGAUCAUCUACUCUUAUCCUUUUUAUUCAAUAAUAUUUGAAAGACAAAGUUUUAAAAUGUUGAAAUACAUAUACAGGGAUCAAAUUACAUGUGCAAUCUGUUCACAUAUUCAAUUUGCAUAUGUUUCAUAAUUGAUAUUAUUGUAUUUUAUAUUCGUUAAAAGAUCUGUUGUCUCGCCAUAAAGAUUAUAUGUUUAAACAACACAACAUUGAUGUAACACACUGUUUACACAUAAAAAAGAAAGUAUGGUAUUUUUCACUCAUUUUGUGUAUUGUGCUGUUUAUACAUCAUAGUAUGUUAGCUUUUCACUCAUUUUGUGUAUUACGCUGUUUAUACAUCAUAGUAUGUUAGCUUUUCACUCAUUCUGUGUGUUGUGUAUAUAUGUUGUGUAUUAACGACUUUUCCAUAACUGAGAAUAAUUUGUAGCAACAAGUUGACCAAAGUAUUUAUUUUUUACAAGACAUUUUUAAAAAUUGUAACUUUACUUGAAAAUGGUUCUGCAAAAAAAAUCACUUGAGUAGUAUGUUUAGUUUGCUAGAUGUAAUAUUCAUCUUUUUUUAUAAAUUUCAUGAAGAAAUUAAAAAAUAAAUAUUAAGUAGGUUAUUUGUAAGCAGUAGGCAUUAUACAAUAGGAAUUUUCUAUUCUAUGAUUUGUUUUUUUAUUAUGGACAUUGAAAUGGGAUGGAUAAACAGCCUUCAAGCCCUGAUUCUUACAAAGUGGUAUACAGAAUAAUUGUUUAUACAGAAGGUUGUAACACAUUUAUAAGUUUUGCCUGAGAAGCAUCAGUUGUCUAAUUUACAUUCUAAUAAAAAAAAAUAAAAAAAUGUAGAAUAAGUUCUAUGAAAAAACUUCUUAGAUACAGAAGCGGAAUCAGCAAAUUUAAAAAAGGGGAGUUCCCAACCCUAGAUUAAGAUUGGGUUCUAACCAUAUGUCCCAAAUCAAAGCACUGAUUGUUAAAAGAGGUGGGCUCAAUCCCACAGAACCCCAGACAGCCCUGAUUCGCUACUGAGUAAUGAAGUAAUGAGUACAUAAUCAAUAGUUGUUUUUCCGUGGUGUGUGAUGUUUUAGGUUGUAGUUUUAAAAACUUUAACAUUUUGUGAGUGAAUGUAGUUCAUGGCUGUGCCAUACAAAAUAAUUUAGUGAUAUAGUAGAUUUUCACGGUAUUUGGAAUUCUACAUUUUUACAUUAUAAUUUUAACCAUUGUGUUGUAAUUGUAUUAGGGGGAUGACACCCUUUUGGAGAUUAAGGGGAUUAAAAAAAAAACCAGGGUAUGUGUGAUAAAGGGGAUAAAACUGAGAAUUUUAGAUACAGAGGGACCGGGAACAAAUUUAAAGCAGGAAAAAAACCCAGGUAAAAGUGGGAAAUGAAAAAAACAACUAAAAAUUGGGAUUUUGAAAAUGAGCACCCUUUUUGUCAUCCCCCUCUUGUAUUUCAUUUUUGUGAUAAUAUGGAUAUUGUCUCAAUGCUUAACUAUUAUUUUAUAAUUAACUUUUCACCAAUGAUUAGAAACGAUUAGAAAACAUGUAACUACACAUGUUAAACAUUGUAAAUUUAUCAUCAUUCAUAUAUACGUAUACAGAAUCAGAUGAAAGAAUUGGAAAAUCAGAUAUCUGUAUAAGCCUUAGAGUUUGUUUUGAUAUGUUUUAAAAAGUAAACCAUUAUUAUAUGAUAAUAAAAAAACUGCUUCAUGUGAAUUUUAAUAAUCAUCUUUAUGGAUUAUUACAAAUAAAUAUUUGUGUUUGUUAUAAAACAAGUUAUAUUUCUUAGUCUAAUCAUCAUGAUUUUUUAAAUAUUUUAUGUGCAAUAUUUGUUUGUAUGUAUAUAGCAAAGCUUUAUAAAUGUUUUAGAUUAUAUUGGUGCAAAAAAGGUAAACACACUGAAAGGAGAAUACUUAUUAUUAAAACAAUUUCAUGAAUAAAUUUUUCUAUAUAAUGAACAGUUUAGUUUACAAAACUGAUACAACAAAAGACAACUCCUCUAUAUAUUUGUGUUCCAUUUUCACUUUUAAAUAUUUUUCAUUUCAUCUUAUAAAACUUCUGUUAAAUUCAUACAAAAACUAUUACUUUUGGUAAAAAGGAAAUGAGGUUUAAUGGUCUUAAGAAUAUUUCAUUUAGCAACAAGACAUCUAUUAUCCAUAUGAAACCAAAAUUAUCUUUAAUCUUUAAAAAUAUGUUUUAGAUUUUCUGAUAACGUGUAAGGUAAGCAUUUUUAAAUGCUAGCACCAGACUCUUGCAAUAUUCUAUACUUUAUGUUUGGCUUCAUACAGAUACAUAAUAUCAUUUUAUGACAUUAUAUGAAACUUAUUAUGAAUACUUAUUGCUCAGCUGCAAAAUCAUGACUUAAUUUUAAAGUAGACAUUCUGAAUAACAAAGACUUUUAUAUACUGUGGAUUCAUUAAUAUUUGUUGGAUACCAAUUUUCGUGGAUUUCGUGGGGACAGGGGAACCACGAAUUUAAAUGUUCAACCAAAUACAGAUUUUCCUAAGGAAUGUAUGCAGAAUUUGCCAAAACAACAAAUUUACAUAUCCACGAAUAUGCAAGUUUUCAUCAAUCCACAAAAAUUGAUACACACAAAAAUAAAGGAAUCCACAGUAUACAUUUAGCAGUAUUGUAGAUCAUUGCACAUGCCAUUUUUUGCAUAAUUUAGAAAUGUGAUGUAAAUGUCUAUAAAAUAGGACUUUAGAUUUAAAUAUUUUAUGUCUUUUUACUCCAUUCUGUAUUUCCUAACAGUGAGGAAUAAAUAUAUCUGAGUAUAAUUAAAUUUACUGAUAUAUUUGUAAACAUGACCAGAAGAGUACUAGCUACACUCCAUGAAGCAAAUGCAUAAAAAUUUCAUGACAGAUAUUGCAAGGGGUUCCAAUUUCAUGUUCAAGAUGUUUGAAAUUUUAAGAAUUCUGCAUUUUCAUUAAAUGAAUAUUAUUAUAUAAUUUAUUGGAAAUUACUGAUGGCAUUUUAUAAAAGAUACUUUGUAUUAAAUAUUUUGUGCAAAUUUCUUAAAUUUCUUUUUUCUGUAAAUUAUCAUUUUUAAAAUUGAACAUGUUUGAUUUAUAGAUGGAAUAACUUUUUUUACACAAUACAGGUUGUACAUUAAACACAUUAAUCUUAACAUUGUAAGUCAUUUAAUUGUAUUGUCCAUUCAUAUUUUGUUAAUAGUUUUUUGAUAGACUGUGUAGUCAUUAGUUUUACAGAGAAACAAGAUAAAUAAUUUUAUAUUAUGUUGUCAUAAUCGUCAUUAAAGAAAAUUCUAUUUAAA